AUGUUUGAUUUCGCCAACCUCGACGACAUCGAGGACAACGCGGCAGCUCCAGAAUGGCUGAAGUGGCAGGGCAUUCGAUGGCAACGUGAUCCUCAAGAAGAGCUGCCCGUCCUUGUGGAGGAGCGAGAGGAGACCUUUGCGGCACCUGCAGUGGUCCAGGGGGACUUCACCUGGCUGCCCGUCGCGGUGCCCAGCCUCCCGGACGCCGCCUUCGAUCCGCUGGCGCUGGCCUCCGAGAAGCAGGAGGUCGUGGAAGGAAACAUGGCCUCCCUGAAUGGCCAGGUCAUCGUCAACUUUGCCACCAGCGCGGUGGAGGAGUUCAUGCUCGCACAGAGGGAACGUGAGGAGUACAAGGCCUACAUCCAGAACCUUCACGAGCAGCGGCUCGCAUAUCUGGCGGCCAAGCGAUCGGAUGACCUGGCAAAGAGAGGCAUCGAGAUGCGGGCGAAGGGCGCAGCGCCGACCCUGGACCGAAAGCCAUUCGCGUGGCGGGAGCUCCGCAGCGUCCUCAACAUAGAUGUGAAGCAGAUGCCGAAGGAUAGCGUCAUGGCCGAGACGGUCCUUUCAGCCUCUAAGAAGCUCACGCGCUCACUGGUACCCAUUGCCACAGGAGCGAUGUUGCCCCCGAGCAUCCUCGUGCACAUGCUGGUCGCCUUCGGAUCUCAGGUGCGCCCCGAGGCUGGGGGCCGAUGGGGGCGCAACGCAGCGAAGCACAUCGCUGUCAGCGAUUGCUUCUUCCCAACAGGCAUGAUCCUGAACGAUGCCGCCGAUAUUAUCAACCAGAAGAAGGAGCCUCCCACCUUGGUUCACUUGGUGGCCAUGUCCAUCAACAAAGAGAAUGGCGACCUUGAGGCGAAGCACCUCCUUGACAACAUCAAGCUGCCCUCGCCCGCGAGCUACCCCUCCAUCAAGCCGCGGCACCAGAUUCGGCGAUGA